GAUAUCGUUGCUUUUCUUUCGUUCUUUCUUCUUUGAUUUCUGCCGCGAAAUAUCAUUUUUCUUUUCCUAUUUCAACGAUUCUGUAAAAGAACACCUCAAUUUUAAUAUCAGAAAUUCUCGUCACGCAUCAUCUAGUAGCCCACAAAUGCCUACUCUUCUUCACUUAAAUUUACAGUUACCUAAUUUAUCCUCAACUCACAAUUUCCUUCUAUCCAAAACCCUAAUCACCAACAGUUACACCACAAAUUCAUCAUCAUCAACAUUACAAAGAAAAUCAAAUGAAAUGAAAACCCAAACUCAUACUUCAUUCAGUUUCGUCAGCAAACCCUCGAAUCGUCAUAGUAUACUCAAGUGUAUGGCACACCCUAGAAGGGUCAAAAUGGUAGCAAAACAAAUACAAAGAGAAAUUUCUGAUAUGCUUCUUACUGAUAAUGUUCUUCAGUUCGCUAUUCUUCCAGAAGCUGAACUUGGUGCUGACCGUUACUUAUCUUCGCUGACUACUGUUUCAGAUGUUGAAGUUUCUCCUGAUUUGCAGGUUGUUAAAGUUUAUGUAUCUGUUUUUGGGGAUGAGAGAGGAAGAGAGGUAGCUUUAGCAGGAUUAAAGGCAAAAUCUAAGUAUGUACGCGGUCAGUUGGGGAGGCGAAUGAAGUUGAGACUGACUCCUGAAGUACGUUUUAUUGAGGAUGAGUCUCUAGAACGAGGAAGCAGGGUGAUAGCCAUACUGGAUAAGUUGAAGAAUGAUAAAGAGGUAGUAGAAGGUCAAGAAGAGGGAGAUUAUGAUUCAUCUGAUCUACCUGAUGAUGAUGAGGACCCUGAUGAAGGGAUUAUUUAUGUGGAUUAGUUGAUCCUCCUUGUUGCUGCAUGCAUUUUACGAACUUGGACUUGGACGUGGAACAUUUCGCAGGGGUCGCUGUGGAGUUCUUGCUUUUUUUAAAGCUGACAGAGUGAAGUAAUGACGAAGUGAGACUUCCAUUUUCGACAAUAUCUGAAUUCUAAUGACAUUUAACACCUGAAUGUGAACGUCAAAAUCACCAAUCAAUUUACAGUAGUUUUGUUUGGCUGGUGAUUAUGUUCCUUUUUUGUAGAAGUUGUCUUUGAUUUUGUCCUCCAAACCAGUUCUUUGUGAUCUGUUUGUUAUAUCGAAUAUUUCUUAACAACACUGCUGUAAUCCUACGAUCAAGCCCAUCAACGUGGCUAGGAAAUUGUAUGUAGAGUCCUUCAGCCGAUUCAUCUUGUUCGGCUCAAAAAUUGAUUUUGUUAUUUGUUA